AUGGCUCCGCAACAGUCCCUUACGGAUGACGAAAUCAAGAAGUUCAUUGACGAUCUCGAUCACGAUAAAGAUGGCAACGUCGACUACUGGGAGCUGGAACGCAAGCUGGAUCAAGUACACAAGGAGAUAGCACCCAAAGCGCAACCACAUAACCUCCACCAUGGAUCUCGGGGCGACGAGGCUCGACAUGAGUUUCUCAGGAAUGUCAUUGGAACACGAGAUGACCACAUCAAUCGAGAAAUCUUCGCAAAGACUGUCAAGACAUGGGAGAUACCGUCUUUGGAACAAGACCGGAAAGAAGCAAAAGAUGAGGACGAUUACCUGAAGCAGGUGCCCCUCCACCGGCGUGCACGUGCUUACUGGGCAGUCAAAGGGCCUGAGAUAAUGUUCCUUGGCCUGGUACUUACCUUGAUGAUAGGGUUUGGUGUCUGGCAAUUCGUCAAGUACCUUACCUUCGAUCAGUAUACGCCUGCGUUCGGAUGGGGAGCUGUCUUAUCCAAGACUUGUGCCGGUGUGCUGUACCCGACCUUCUUCUUCCUUAUCCUAUCGAUGUCGCGAUGGCUCUCGACGUUUCUUCGGCGCUUCUACUUCAUCUCCAGGUUUAUCAACUGGGACCUGUCGCAGAGUUUUCACAUCAAGAUGUCCAUCGUCGCAUUGGUAUUCGCAACGUUGCAUGCUAUUGGCCAUCUUAGCGGCUCCUUCGUCUUUGGAAGCAAACCCAAUCGACAGGACGCAGUUGCCAAUGUCAUCGGACAGGACGCUGUACCACGUUCAUACACUGACUACCUUCGAUCAUUGCCAGGAUGGACUGGUCUCACAUCUCUCGGCCUGUUCUACCUUCUCGCAUUGAUGAGCAUGCCCCAGAUACGAAAGUGGAGCUACGAGGUCUUCCAGUUAGCUCAUCUACUAAUAUUUCCCAUUAUUGGUUUCAUGAUGGCGCACGGUACUGCUCAUCUGCUGCAGUGGCCCAUGUUUGGCUACUGGCUCGCUUUCCCUACUCUCAUGGUUCUCUGCGAACGUGUGUGGCGCUUGAUCCUAAGCUUCCGCCCUAUUCUGGCGGAUCUUGAGUUACUAGAUGACGAGACUGUUGCCAUUACUGCGCAAGUACCCAAGACUCGCCCGUGGGACUACAAAGCUGGCCAAUACGUUUUUGUGCAAGUUCCGCAGCUAUCCCGAUUCCAGUGGCAUCCGUUCACCGUGUCAACUUGCAUCAACAACACCAUGCAAGUUCACAUCAAAGCAGACGGUGAUUGGACAAACUCGCUCCGCGAUCUGGCUAAAGAAGACGGACGAAAGACGAUCAAGAUCGGUCUUGAUGGGCCAUUCGGUGCACCAGCUCAGCGGUUCUAUGACUUCGAGUACAGCAUGGUCUUUGGUGCCGGUAUUGGCAUAACGCCUUUCUCGGGUGUACUGACCGAUCUCCAACAUCACGAGCUCGAGCGCGUCAAGUCUGCGAACGACUCCCCGGCCUCACCCGACGAAACGCCCAAAGAGCCUUCGCCGUACACGAACCAUCGUCGAGUCGACCUACAUUGGAUGGUCCGCGACAAGAACAACCUCCUCUGGUUUUCCGAUCUUCUUAACGAAGUCUUCCGUCAGAAACCAAACAGCGAAGAUCUCGAUAUCCGUAUCAACACCUACGUAACGCAGAAGCGCAAGCAGAUCUCCCAACACGUAUUCCGAUGGUUGCUCGAAAAGCAUCGCACAGAUGAGCACCCGCAGUCGCCCAUCACUGGUCUCGUCAACCCUACACAUUUCGGACGUCCCGACAUUCGGGGUAUUAUGGAAGCACACUACGACGAUAUGAGCAAGGUGUUGGCAGAUCGUUUGAACGAAAAAGAUGGCAACAAAGAUGAUGAGAUCAAGAUUGGUGUUUUCUUCUGUGGCCCACCUGUUAUCGGUCAACAGAUUGCCGAUCAGUGUAGCAUGCUGAGUGCGAGGGCGAGGAACGAGGGUAGGAAGCUUGAGUAUAGGUUCAUGAUUGAAGUGUUUGGUUAG